GCCGCCCGUAGUGGAAAAGAGCCCAAUUGCGCUUUUUUGGCGCUGCGUCCGCUUGCCGUUGUCUUGCUCUGCCUCUCUAGCUUGUGGUCCUUAUUUUGUUCCCGGUCUCUCUUCCCUCUUCCCCCAAGAUUGUUACCAUGCGUCGUUUUCUAAGGGGCUGGGUCCUCCCAGAGGCUGCUUGUGAGGCGGCCGAAAGUAACUCGAGGUACGAGAACCUUUUCAAGAAGCUAGACCUCAACGAAGACGGCCGAGUGGAUAUUGCCGAGCUGCAGGCCGGCCUCAAAGCUUUGGGCAUCCCCUUGGGAGAUGACGCGGAGAAGAAAAUCUUCAAAGCUGGAGAUACUAACCAAGAUGGCAAGCUGGACUUUGAAGAAUUUAUGAACUAUCUUAAAGAUCAUGAGAAGAAAAUGAAACUAGCGUUUAAAAGUCUAGACAAAAACAAUGAUGGAAAAAUUGACGCAUCAGAGGUUGUCCAGUCCCUCAAGAUACUGGGUAUAGACAUUUCAAUACAUCAGGCAGAGAAGAUUCUACAAAGCAUUGAUGCUGAUGGGACGAUGUCAGUAGACUGGAAUGAAUGGCGAGACCACUUCUUGUUUAAUCCAGCUACAGAUAUUCAGGAAAUCGUCCGUUACUGGAAGCAUUCUACUGUAUUGGACAUAGGAGAUAGUUUAACUAUCCCAGAUGAGUUCACAGAAGAGGAGAAAAAGACUGGCCAGUGGUGGAAACAGCUUUUAUCUGGUGGAGUUGCUGGAGCUGUAUCCCGAACAGGCACAGCACCUCUAGACCGACUUAAGGUCAUGAUGCAGGUUCAUGGUUCCAAGUCAAAGAUGAACAUAGCAGGUGGCUUGCAGCAGAUGGUGAAAGAAGGAGGCAUCCGUUCUCUUUGGAGGGGAAAUGGUGUCAAUGUUAUUAAAAUUGCACCUGAAACAGCUAUUAAGUUCUGGGCUUAUGAACAGUAUAAGAAAAUGUUUCUCAAUGAAGACGGGAAGGUAGGAACUGUGGAAAGAUUUAUAUCUGGCUCACUGGCUGGUGCAACUGCUCAGACUUCUAUUUACCCUAUGGAGGUGUUAAAGACCAGAUUGGCUGUGGGCAAAACAGGACAAUAUAAUGGCAUGUUUGACUGUGCUAAGAAGAUUUUAAGGAGAGAAGGCGUGAAGGCUUUUUACAAAGGUUAUAUUCCCAAUAUUUUGGGCAUCAUUCCCUAUGCUGGCAUAGACCUUGCUGUUUAUGAGGCUUUGAAGAAGAGGUGGCUAGAAAAGUAUGCAACAGACUCUGCCAACCCUGGUGUACUUGUGUUGUUGGGAUGUGGUACUAUGUCCAGUACCUGUGGCCAGUUAGCUAGUUACCCUCUUGCCCUUAUCCGAACUCGAAUGCAGGCUCAAGCUAUGGUGGAAGGAGGUCCUCAGCUGAACAUGGUUGGUCUCUUCCAAAGGAUAAUUGCUAAGGAAGGAGUCCUUGGACUUUAUAGAGGCAUAGCUCCUAACUUCAUGAAGGUGCUUCCUGCUGUCAGCAUCAGUUAUGUGGUGUAUGAAAAGAUGAAAGAGAACUUGGGGAUAGCAUGAAAGCGAGAGAGGAACAACAUGAGAGAUUAUCAUGGAAUAUGCACCCAUCCUUUUGUGUACUUUAAAUUUAUUCAUGUUUGCAGUUGACCAGUCCUCUGUGCAAAAAUGCUGUGGGGUUCCUGGUCUUCUAUUGGGGGAUGGGAAAUCCCACCUUCCUAAAACAGCUGUGAGCCAAUUUCUGUAUCUUGACAAUCAAGAAAAAAUGCAUUGGUAAUUCAUCUACAGGCUGGAAGAUCUUUUUUAAAAAAUCAUCUCUAGAGUCAAAAGUCUUCCAUAAAAACACACACACAUUUGACCAGGAUAAACUGUAUUUGGAAGUGAGAAGUACAGUACUGUGUUAAGAUACACAUUUGCUCUUUCUGGGGGUUGUUCCAUUUUUGGUGUACCAAACAUACAACUGGUUCUUUGUAUUUGCAUUCUCAAAUGGAGAAGUGAUGUUAAUAAGGAUGAAAAAAAUGUUUUGGUAUCUUUAAAUAUAAGGCUUGGAAAAAAAGAUUACAAAGAAAAACAAGAUGAUACAGAAAAGUUCCUUCAACAUUUUUAUGAGCAUAUAAGGGGGAAAAUUGGCACAAUCCACCAAGAAAACUGCUCAUUGGUGCCCUGGGGAAAUGAGUGAGACUUUGACAGAGGUGCUCUUUGCCCAUUUACCAGCCAUUGCAAUGAAACUUGCAUGGUUGAGCCUCUGAUCAUCCCAAAAUAGUUAUGACAUGACAUGUAGAUUACACCUGCAGUAUAGUAAGAGGGUUGAUUUUUGAGGUAUUUGAAUGGACUGUAGCAUCAGUUCACGCUGCAUGGAGGAAUGCCAGUUUUUGGUGCUGCCUUGUAUAAAAACUACGUUCAAGGUUUUUAAAUUUUUUUAAAAAAAAACACUUGCUGUGCUAGUUUUCCACUAAAAGGAAUGAUGCAAGCAGGGGAAUUUUGAAAAGUAAUCUGCUUUAAGUGAUGCAGUCAAUUUGUUGCUUCAAAUGCUCUGCCACUUCAUAACCAUGUCUGCCUGCUGCAUGGGAAUACAUUGCUUUCAUUUAAACUGAAAUUAGUCACAACUAACCUGAGUCAGGCUAAAAUCCUAGAAUUUCAGUUCCAUUGCAUUCAGAGUGGCUUAGUUGGGAUUAUCUUUAGCUGCAGUAGGGUCAAGGAAUUCCUGAUGAUGUACUCACAGGUCAAAUUAGAGCUGAAUACAUCAUGUAUUAUGUUAUUCCAGCCUAAACCCAUUGAAAUCAGUGGGUAUAGAGUAAAGCUGCGUAGGAAUGCACUGCAAAUGAUCCAUUCAAAGGGAUCUUGCUAGAUCAUUCCAUUGGGCUGCUUUUCAUUCAAUUGCACAUGCUGCCAGUCAACUGAGAUGGCUCUUAUUUCUCAUUGGUUGAUCACCACAGAAGGCUGGCCUUUAUAUGUCUUGUGCAGAUUGCAAUCUUGGAGUAAAAAAAUCCAUCUUUUAUUAUACAUUAUGUUCACUGUCUUUGUGGGAAUGCCUGCAUAAAGGGCUGAUUGUGGCAGGUUGAAAAUGCAAUUCAGAAGUGGAGUAGGAAGGAUAGCAAUUCUGCACUACCAUUCUAUUUUUCCUGUAGAUCAGGGAUUUCCUCCUUGAUGAAAAGCUAAGUCCUUUAUAACAGUGUGCCAGAGACUCGUUGAUAAUUUAAAAACUCCUCCUUAGCACCCCAUAUCAAAUUGCUAGGUAUAUUGAGAGAGAGAGAGAGAGAGAGUGUGUGUGUGUGUGUGUGUGUGUGAGAGAGAGAGAGAGAGAGAGCACAACCAACCAGUACCUUGAAAUUGUUAAAAUUAAUAUUGAGUAAAUAUAAACCAAGCCACAAGCUUUUGGAUAACAAGAGAAGAUCAUGUUGAAGAGACUUUUCCUGCAUGACUUUUGCAAGAACUUUUUAAUGUAUGCACAUUAUCAAAUGAAUUUUCUAAAACAGAGAAUUUUUGAGUUGUCUGUGCAUGAAUGUCUGCUGAAUGUCCAUAAUAUUGUUUACAGUUGUUUGCACGCAGCACCAAGGGUAUAUCCAGUGCUCCUUAGCACCAUGUUGAGGCAGAUCCUUGUGCAGCUCUUGUAUCUUCAUGAAGAGGUGCCCAUUCUUGUUAAUCUUUUGUAAUGCUUUUUGCAUGUGGGGAUGACAUAGGAAAUUGCACUGGAGUGUAUGAUCUGUUGCUUUUUUCAGUUGCUAAAGACUACAGCAUUCUAGAGGAACUACAUUCCACAGGCCAGCUACCAUGUUGAACAAACCCACCUUGUUGUUUUUCAGCCUGUUGUACAAAUACUUCUUUCUAUAUAUUGAACUUCAUGCAAAUGUUCCACAGUUAGUAGAGAAGCCAGUUGUGAGAAGCCAGUUCACCUUUUCAAAUUCCUCCAUGCAAUUAUGCAUUUAGAUAUGUAAUCAUGUGGAUGUGUUAGCUGCCAUUAUACAUGCAGGAAAUCCUUUUCAUGAUCAUGGCUGCAUUUUUUUCCAGUAGCUGUCAUCAUAAAGAUGGCUGCUGGCUCCACCUGUGUGCAUAAGCUUUCCUUGACACAUUCAAGUUCCUGUAUUGGGGAGCUUGAUAGAAUGAACUGUCCUUGGGAAUAGCAGCCCAGUAUCAAAAUGGGAGUUGGAUGGCUUUUUAAUAUUUUGACAAAAACAGCUGCUUUUAUAUAAUCUCGGGUGGGGGAUCAAAAAGAUAAAAGUGACUAUCGUGCAAUCCUAAACACAAUUAUUCCAGUCUAAACCCAUUGAAAUCAGUGGGCUUAGACUGGAAUAAUUCUUCUGAGGAUUGCACUGUAUGUGAAUGAUUUUACCUGUGUUUCUAACCUGUGUUGCUGCUUUUUUUUUUUUUGCUUUAGCAACCAGAUUAUCGAACCAUUCCUGAGCUCCUGUAAACCUCAAACAUGCCACAAAUUGACUGACAUGGAUCCCUUAGUACCUUUUUGAUUGGUUUGGGAAGCUGACCUAAACAAACAGCACAAAAAAGAAUCUGGGCAUUUUCUGAGUUGCAGAGUGUCUUCAGUUGGUGGCUAUACACUAUCUUAACUAAUUAUUACGAGCGCAACUGGUUUUGUUCUUUGCAGUGUGGAUGGGAUAGGUAGUGGCCACUGGAUUGUAUUCCUUGUUAUGAGUGGAAGGCUUUUCUGAUUUUAUUUUGUCAUGUCCAGCCUUGCACUUGAUCCAAGACCAAAGAAUUAGUUGCUCAAAUAAAGACUUACUGUUAAGUGCACUGCUCUUUUUUUUUAAAGAAGAAGAUUGCAUGGUAUUCCAUUCUAUUAUGAGUUUGCCUAUCUGUAGAUGUGACUAUGAAUUUUCUCUAUUUUUUACUGUAACCUAGAAAGAUGCCUAUUUUCUAUAUAUUGCAAAGAUGCCCCAAGCUGUAUGUGAACCAGACUCAGUCCAUUUUCUUGUACAAGUGACCUUCGGGGAAUAUUGAUUAUUCUGUUGGUGAUUAUCCCUGUCUGUUGUAAGAAUGAGUAAGACUGUGAGGAUUUCAGUCCAUUACCAUAUGCCAAAAAAAAGCUGAGUUCUAAUGAGGUGUGCUUGGUCUGUUACUUGAAAGUAAAUCAGACAUUUACUUUUUAUAAUCCUAUAAAUGUAUCAAUUUAUAAUAAA